GCCGCCGCGACGGCCUGCGCCCUGACGCCGGCGUCGCUCGAUAGCGACGUCCGCUAGUGCCGCACAAAUUCUCCCGGCGUCAGGUUCUCAUCCGUUUGACAGGCAAAAAGGGUAGCACGCGACUCAGCCUAACAAUUUCUCCCAUGGUAAUAAUUCAUCAGUACAGGCCAAAUUGUCAAACAAACGUCGAUUUUCUCGACACGAGCAGGUUGGUAACGGGGUUUUGCCGAGGUUUCACAACGAUUUCCAUCGACGUAUGUGUCUGAUCCGAUCCACGGAUCGCUCUAACGAGGUAGGCGCGAGUGUUGGUGAUUCUGAGUGAUCGUGCAUUAGGAGAUGUAUUAGGAGGGAACGUGCUCUAAACGGGGCCACGUGUGAAAGGGGAAUUACGCCAGACUGCCUCACGGUGCGGGUUCCGGCGGGCCUCGUAGCCAAGGCCGGACAUGUGCCACCAAAUGGGGGAACCACCUCCGAGGAAAAGGCUUCAAUUCCGAAUGACAGCGUAGUGGAUACUAAUCUUGCUUCAGAAGAAAUGACAGCAGUGAACACGACCAAUCAUGAGUUGACCAGUGUCCGUUUACCACUCCAACCUUACGCGGGAGGUCAUGCAGUUUUUAUGUACAGUACAGCUGCUGAUGGAAAUGUCACACUACAACUGAAGGAGCCUGAUGACUUGGACAGGGGCAGCCUGGCUGCCAUGUUGGCUAGGCUACAGGACGACGCAACUUUUUCCAUUUCAUAUCAAGAUACGGACAUUUUGUCUGAUGGAAGCAUAGAUGUGCUACUGGGAACGGGAAACGCUAAUUCUGGUGGUGGAGGCGGCGCCGAGGCAGUCACGGCCACUUUCGACUUAUUCGACUCGUCGAGCGGUCCUGACCUCACGCUGUCCCCGCAGACAUUCACCAACUCCACGGAGACCUUCAUCAACGACAACUCCGAUAGCUUGGGGGGAGUCCCGCAGGAUCAAGAUGCAGUAUCAACGACAACUGACGAAAAGAAAAUCGGAAGUACAACACCGGAUGUUGUUAAACUAGCUGUUAAAAGACAAAGACCCAAAGCAGCAUCGCCUAAUCGUCAAGGGCCUCAACAAUGCCAAAUAUGUGCCAAAGUGUUCGGAAAUGCCUCGGCCUUGGCGAAGCACAAACUAACACACAGCGAUGAGAGAAAAUACGUUUGCACCAUGUGUGGCAAGGCCUUCAAACGACAGGACCACUUAAACGGCCACAUGCUAACGCAUCGCAAUAAGAAGCCCUACGAAUGCAAGGCGGAGGGAUGUGGAAAAAGUUAUUGCGACGCCAGGUCCCUGAGGAGGCAUACCGAAAAUCACCACAGUUCGACAACUCUGAACACGGCAAGCACCACCAUGUCCCCAGCACAGGGGGCGGCUUCAGGAGACGCGGCCUCGCCACAUGGUUCCAGCUGUAUUCAAUACGCACCAUCUCCCACGUCAACGUCAGGGGGCAAAAGUCAAUUGCAACAACUCCUUUCUUCUGAACCAAAAAGCGGCUCAGGCAACAAUGACGGGCUGACCAAACAACAACUGGAUCUGAUUCAUCAAAUAAUGGAACAAACCCAGCGACAAUCUCAAUCCACCAGUAAGCCUAUUCCGAAACCGGCCUCGAAACAUGUCAGCAAAACCCCUGCGAAGGUGCAAAGAACAUGGUCUUCUCCGCUGCCACAAGGAUCUGCCAGUAAAAUCACUUCUUGUGCAAGUUCAUCACAAGCAAAAGUGACGACUACAACCCCAUCAACAUCUAGUCCUGCCUCAUCCACCAAGCCAGAACCUAAACCAGUGGAGUGCAACCUGUGCCAUAGAAAAUUCAAAAAUAUUCCUGCGCUCAACGGUCACAUGAGGCUUCAUGGUGGAUAUUUCAAGAAGGACACUGACAACAAAAAAACGGAGAGAAAAGAUUCAAACGCCCCGCCACUCCAAACUGCCAGCGUCAGCGUUCGGGCACUCAUCGAAGAAAAGAUCAUCAAUAAACGUUCAACGUCCACCAAUCCCCAACAACCGUCGCCAAGAACAUCGGAAGAAUCUGUAAAAUCCUCAAAUGCUCCCCCACUAUUUCCAUUAACCGUGCAUUCCACAACCACAUCGACUAAUUUGGAUUCGAAGAAUACCUCUUUCGUGGUGCCAGCGCCUCCUCAUCAACCGACGGACAAAUCCAGAAGACAUUCCGAAGCUGACUCCUUCGUCGGUAGUAGAGCAACAUCAACGACACAAGAGGCUGACACCUUAGCGGACUUGAUAUUGAAGAGGGAGAAGGUGUCACUUAAACGAGCGACUUCGGAUCCUGGUCAUCAACAGCUCAUCCAAUUUCAGGCUUCUGAAUCUUUCACUUUGACUUAUCAAGGAGACGACGGGGGGUACCUGUCGCCACCUCUUCAAGAAGACGUGUUCACUCAGGUUCAAGACAGUAUGCUCCUUCAGGGUGUUGACACGCAACAGCUAGCCUCGAUACAGUUUCAAGCUGAUUCUCUGCUACAAGAUCACAAUGACCAACAUAUCCACGAUAUGGGUUUGGAUGAUUACGCGUCGAUUCAGAACGAUUCACCGUCGUACCAAACAAAUCAUUCGGUCAACCAAGAUUUACAGGCUGUUCUGGAUUCUCCGCUACCAGACAGUCUGGCAGAUUUCAGCACUUUUCAUUCGAAUUCCGGAUUGGAUUUGCCUUCUCCUAGUUUUCAGAAUCAAUCACCAGCUCCUUUCACCAAUUCUCCGCACGCUUCAGUGCCAACUCCUAGUCCUUUACAGAGUCCGUCGAUACGUCAUGAUUCUCCAGGUUUUGCUUAUCCCACGCCUCCGGCGAGCCACGAGGCUCGCAGUCCGUGCUUCGGGCAGAACGCCUCACUUCCACUCGUCUCUCCCAAACAAAGUGAUUUCGGUCAGGUGCCAGAGAGAGGGAUCGAUGAACCACCACAAGUUUCUUCCCCGUUAUCGGCCGCGUUUUUCACAUCGACCAUGUCGAGUUCGGCUGCUGUUGAGGAGGCCCUGGAAGAAGUUCUACCAGGAGAGAGCAUAGCAGCUGACGAUAUCUACCCGCUGUCGGAUUCCCCUGAUCCCUCUUCGCCAGUUCCUGUAGGCCUAACCCCUUCACCGUCCCCUUUAUCGAAUAUGCCUUCAACUUCGAAACCAACGACUCUGCCGAACACCUCGAACAGUUUCAGUGUUUCCCAGAACUUCAUCAAUUUUUCGAUGUCCCCCCAGUACACUUUCCAGUCACAGAUGCUGCCCAAUUCUGACGACCCGCUCCUGUCGAGCAGCCCCAAAGACUUUGUCACGAAGAAGAGGAUAGAAUUGAACGGGGUUCCUCUGCGAUUGAUAAGCAACCACGGGCUGAUCGACUUGAACGGUGGCAACUUCGCCGGUAUUCUGGUGGAUACAAACGGCGAAAUCAAGCUGAUUCAGACCGGAAGUACGCCGAUUCAGCAGAAAAAUUUCGUUAUCACGAACACUUCUAUUAUACAGAGUUCGGAAGUGAGCAGUGACGAGAGGAACAGUCUGAGUGUGCAAAAAAUCCUGAAAGGUGUUCAGUGUUCAACGAAGCAAAUAAUCAUGAGGCCUAAGCAAAUAACCGAAUCGAAGAAGGAAGAGAGCAACGACGUAUUCCUGAGUCCUACAACGAUAACCGCAAGUCCUGCAAAAGUUUCCCGUAAACGGCCUAGAUCAGAAGCUUUACAGUUGCCUAUUUUGCAUCAAUCAAAAUUACGAGCAAGUAGAAGUAAGCCUCAAGGUUGUCAAACCUACACUCCUCAACCUAUUCUUAGCCCCAACAGAUGUGGCACAGGACUUUAUUGUAAUAUUAAAGCUAAAAAUGAUGAUGAAGUGAAUUCCUGGAGCAAUGAGCCAAUUCCUGAAACUGAUUCCACUCCACACAUAAACAUCGGUUCUCAAUUUCAAUGUCGGAUUCCUCCCUUCAUGGAGAUGCCCGACAGAUAUUAUAGAGAAAGGAAACAUGAGUCCUUACUAUGGGAUCCUGGCAUUAAUAAAAACACUGAGAGUGAAGUCGACAUGUACCUAGAAUUUGCAUGUUGUGCAGCAGUUCCUGGUGGGGGAAGAAAUAAAGAAUACGCUAUGCAUUUGCUCAAUAUGUGUGGGGGCAACAUUCACGAGGCAAUGUUGAAGUUAAUGCAGCCGAUACCGAGGUCACAAUUGGAUCAACCUCCGUCUUGCUAUCAGAACAGCGAAAGUGACAAAUGGUCUGCGGCUGAGACCGAAGUUUUCUACAAAGGCCUGCUCAAAUUUGAUAAAGACUUCCAAAACAUAGCUCAAGAGAUCGGCACAAAAACGAUAAAGCAAUGCGUUCAGUUCUAUUACUUUUGGAAGAGGGUGUGCUUAGAUGAAUACCGAAGAUUCAAGCAGAUGAGAGAGCAGAAGCAGAGCACUAGAAAUAACAUGAUGGAUCUCGAUUUUGAGGACAAACUAUUUCCUGAUGCCAAAUUAUUGGGGAUCGUUGAAACUGGAUCCCCCAUGCCAAAUCAAGAAAGUAGAAACUUCAUUUGUGAAUUCGCGGAUUGCUCUGCUAGUUUCAAUUCCCGAGCAGCGCUGAACGGUCACAUACGGAUACAUGGGGGCACCACAAGGAAUUCGCCAACCUUAUCUUUUCUGUCGCACGAAAAGAGGUCGGUAUCAUCGACCUCUCUGUGUCAUCCGGACUCGACAGAAGAUUAUCCUUGUAAGAUUUGUGGGAAGAUAUUCUCAAAAAUCAAAAGCCGCAGCGCCCACAUGAAAUCCCACAGACCAAUGGAUGCAGAUCCCGCCAAGAGGAAAGAAAAAGAGUUGCCUUCCACACCUAGUGCAACAAACAUUGAUAAUAUGUCCGUGCCAAACCAGUACAUUACCUAGUAUCACUGAUAACACUUCGUUUCAUGUAUAAAAAGACUCCGAGUCUUGAAAUCAUUCCACGAAUUUAUUCUCAACUCAUCCUUGAUUCUUGAGAAAUCGACUGAAUUCAUAUAUUCCAUUUUCCCAAAUUAAUCGUAUCCUGGAACAUUAAAAGGAACCAAAUCAAUCAAUUUUAACGUCUUAGGUGGAGAAGCAUGUUUAUUUUUAAGCCUACAUUCCAGUGACUUCAAUUCUUAUAUGGAACUAACAAUUUUCUUCGGAGAAUGUAUGAAUUCAGUGAGAUCGAAUUGGAUAUAUUUAAGAUUUUAUUAAUCGGCAAUCAAAACAAUUUCGAAAAGCUUGAGUCAGAUCAAAUCAAACUUUUUUCAGAAGCAUGUAAAAUAUGCGGAAUUUAGAGAAUGUAGGUGAAAAAUUCUAGUUAUAAUAGUUGUACAAAUUUCAAAUUCACAUAUUAACAGAGAUUAUAUAUUUAAUAUUAAAAAUAGGGGUUGUGUUACGUUAACGCCUUCAAUGCGUGACGUUAGUGCCUUUCGAAAGUCGAGUGAGACAAAAUCGGUCGUCAAGCGGCCUAAUCUAAUACAUACAUACCAAAGCUUCCUGGGACUCUUUGGUUAAACCAUAAACUUUCAUCAAUCGUUAUUCCUCUUGAAAUGAUAAGAAUAUGCCAUCAGCACAAAGCAUAUCUGUUCUCCCCGAAGAUACGGG